GUGCAUCUCGGUGGGUCGCGCGCCGCUGAUCGUGUGCCGCCUCCCGCGCCGCGCGCGCCCCUCCGCCGUGCUCCAGCCUCUCGACACGGAGCGAUCGGACGGUUAUCUGCCGCGCCCGCGCCGCCGUGGCCGCCCGCCGUAGGCCGCAGUCGGCCACUGGUGGAGAUCCCGUGCCGACCAAACCCGCCCCGCGCCCGCCGCCCUCGACAUGGAGGUCUACGUGGCACAGAUUCUCGGUAUCACCGCCAUCUUCUUCAUCACGACGACGAUCGGCGUGACGCCCGGCAUUCUGCUCAGGAGGAACUCCAAGUCUCUGGACACGAACUCGCCCGGGUUUCGCCUGAUGGUGAGCGUCGCCAACUCGCUGGCGUCUGGAGUAUUUCUCGACCUGUGUUUUCUCGGUUUGAUUCCGAUGGUGCAAGAUCUGUUCAAUAAGGUAUGGCAGGAACUGGAAACUGAAGUACACUACCCCGUCGGUGAGGCCAUUGUGCUGUGCGGAUUCUUUAUGAUCCUCACUGCGGAGAACUUUGCGAUCUGGCUGCAGAGUCGGCAGCCGAAGGGCAAGAGUUCCGGUCUGCGGGCUCUGAGUAUGGACGACAUUGCCGAGGUGGCGUCGCAGGUGCCCAGUCGGAGGGACUCCCUGCAGGAGAGUGCCGAGACGCGGCCCGAGAAGCAGGCGCUGAACGGCGUGGAGCUGCAGCAGGUGGCCGUGACUGCGGCGCCAGAGGAGGACGGCGCCGCGCACGGACACAGCCACGGCGCCAUGUUCGAGGCUGAACACUCGGGACUGCGCUUCCUGAUGCUGCUGGCCGCCAUCAGCCUGCACUCGCUGUUCGAGGGCAUGGCGAUCGGCCUGCAGGUCUCACUCUCCACCCUCCUGAACCUGCUGUUGGCGAUUCUCAUCCACGAGUCUCUGGUAGCGCUGGCCAUCGGUGUCAAGAUCGCGCAGCAGGGCGCCUCGUUCUGGCGCAGUGUGAAGCUCAUCUGCACGUUUACACUGAUGAUCCCCGUUGGUAUUGGGUUGGGUAUUGCGGUGGGGACAGCCACCGGUCUGAUUGGCAACGCUAUUUCGGGGACGUUCCAGGCGCUGGCUGCCGGAGUGUUUCUGCACGUGACUUUCAUGGAGCUGGUGCCCGACGAGCUCGAACACUCUCGUAACGCCUUCGUCAGCAUCGCCUGCAUGUUCCUCGGCUUCGCGGGGAUGUCACUGAUCGUUUACCUCACAGAGGGGUAACAUCUCGCCAGAAGGUGAAUCGAGAUGUCAAGUUCCUGGCUUCAGGGAAGCAGCAUUGUUUGACGGUGACCAGAGAUGUCCACCGAAAUGUCAAUGCGACUUCAGAAAGGCACAGAUUAAUGAUAACCUUAACCCAUUAGGCAUAUCGCUUCAUGAUCAAACAUCGAUAGACAAGUGCUUCAGUCGAUAAACUGCAUGCUCGUCGAGCACGUGAUCUCCGAGAGAUAUGCCAUGUUGCGAUUGCACGUGACACGUGACGGGUUACGUAGUGCUAAAUGGGGGCCGCUGUGGAAGACCGUGCAGGGAGCCAUGCGACCUGUAUGUGUGGUUCGUCCAUGAGCCGUCCAUCGCAAAUGAUGCACAUAAAGUGAUGCUUAUUAUAGCAAGAUUUUAGGCUUGCAUUGACGAUGACGAACUGAAUGCAUCGAUGUAGGUAUGUCUCGGACGACGGGGACCUGGGCAAAUGCGUCAGCGCCUGCUUCUAUCGAGUCCUGGUUAAAUGUCACAGGGGUUGCUGAAAAUGUACGGAAGAGUGACUCCAUUGAGAUGGCGUCUUUAUCAUGUGGAAUGAGGUUGUGGCUACACUGUGGCAUUACCUCCGAAUCGAUGUCUUUUACGAAAUCCGAUCUACUGUUUGCUAUAUGAAAGUCGCUGUCGCUCGACGUUUGGGCCUCGCGGCUUUGCGUCAUGAACCGACAACGCUACUUGAGGAUCGACUCGCACUGAAUUACUAUAUGAAAUAGUUGUGGCCUGUGUAUUUGUAGAUCAUAGCUCCUCGUUUGCAGAAAAAAAAGCGUCUAGCCACAUUUUCUGUUCAGUAAAAUCGCCUGCUGCAGCCUUCUUCGCCGAGGUCGCUGUUGACUUUAGGUUGUGCGUAUGUUGAUGACUAAGAUGUGUGCAAUGUUGAAUUUAUUACAUAUCAUGUACUGUUGCAUGAUCUGUGCCAAUACACUUGUUCAUACGCUA